GGCCAACCUCAGAUCACUCUCAUGAACUUGAAUCCUCAUAAAAUGCGCUCCCAUCAUAUAGUCCGCUUAUACAGCAGUGCUGCCACCAAGGCGACAACCGCUGCUCCACAGCAACCGCCACCACCACCGUUGAACCCGUCCUCCCUUCAGUACACAACUCCCAUCCUGUCAACUUACUCCACCCGUCUCGCGUCUCACACAUCCAGUAUCAAAUCCCCAAGAUGGACGUACAAGGGCCCACCAAAUACAGCCUGGCGACACGCCGCAAUCCUCAUCCCUCUUUGCACAGCACACGGAAAACCGUCCAUUUUAUUCACGAUGCGAUCCUCAAAACUACGGCGUCACGGAGGUGAGGUCUCUUUUCCAGGGGGAGCCGUUGACCCCGGGGAUAAAGACGUGAUUGCCACAGCGUUACGAGAAACCCAUGAAGAAAUUCUGAUACCGCCAGACCAUGUGACGGUAUUGGGUCAGUUUCAUCCUUUACCGGACCGGACACACUCGAUUUUGAUUCAUCCGAUUUUAUCGCAUAUCCAUACGCCUCAUUCCCUAGUUCCUGAAUCCAUGCCAUUUAAUCCUACUGAGGUAGAAGAAGUCUUUUGUGUUUCGUUAGAGGAGUUGUUGGGUAUGCAGACAGAGACAGAACACUUGCGGGGUGGAAAGCGACUGGUUAGGAACUGGAACGUGGGUGAAAAGAGAAUUUGGGGAUUGACGGCGUGGGUACUAGAAGCUGUGCUGCGAGUGGUGGUGGCUCCGGGUGGAGUGAGCGAAGAAUGGAGAGAGGCAUGGAGAGCAGAAAGAGGCAUCUCAAAUGAUUGAUAUCCCAAAAAGAAAUACAGCCAAUAAAUGAAUAUAGAACCUUUU